GGGAGAGUAGGGCGCUGUGGUCUGAGCUUGAGGGUGAAGCUGGCGGUGUAGGAGGAUGGGCGUGUUGUCUGUUUUAGUGUGCAGGUGAUAGACUAGAGAACAAGACCUCUGUCUCCGUAGCAUCCUGGAGCAGUCUGAAUGCCAGAAUGGAUAACCGUUUUGCUACAGCAUUUGUAAUAGCUUGUGUGCUUAGCCUCAUCUCCACCAUCUACAUGGCAGCCUCAAUUGGCACAGACUUCUGGUAUGAAUAUCGAAGUCCAGUUCAAGAAAAUUCCAGUGAUUUGAACAAAAGCAUCUGGGUCAACUUCGCUAGCGAUGAGGCAGAUGAAAAGACUUAUAAUGAAGUACUUUUUCGAUAUAAUGGCACAGUGGGAUUGUGGAGACGGUGUAUCACUGUACCCCAAAAUGUAGACUGGAAUAACCAAGAAAGGACAGAGUCAUUUGAUGUGGUCACAAGAUGCAUGAGUUUCACACUAAGUGAGCAGUUCAUGGAGAAGUUUGUUGUUCCUGGAGAUCAAAAUGCUGGGAUUGAUCUUCUUCGGACCUAUCUUUGGCGUUGCCAGUUCCUGUUACCUUUUGUGAGUCUAGGUUUGAUGUGCUUUGGGGCUUUGAUUGGACUCUGUGCUUGUGUCUGCCGAAGCUUGUACCCCACCAUUGCCACGGGCAUUCUCCAUCUCCUUGCAGGUCUGUGCACACUGGGCUCAGUGAGUUGUUAUGUUGCUGGAAUUGAACUCCUCCACCAGAAACUGAAGCUGCCUGAGAAUGUGUCCGGGGAAUUUGGAUGGUCCUUCUGCCUGGCCUGCGUCUCAGCUCCCUUACAGUUCAUGGCUUCUGCCCUCUUCAUCUGGGCAGCUCACACCAACCGGAAAGAGUACACCUUAAUGAAGGCAUAUCGUGUGGCAUGAGGGGGAGGCUAACUGCUUUACAAUUGCCAUUUUUAUUCUUUUUUAAGAGUAAUACUUUCCUUUGUCUCCCCCUCCCAACUGUUUUUAAUUUAACUUUUUUUUUUGCUGAUUUUUUAUCUUGAAAAUCCACUUUAUUUAUUCAUAUAGUUUUUAAAAACACUAAAAUUUAUAUGCAUUAUUUGGAGUGAUUCCAUAUUUCAAACAAACUGAUCUAGGGUCUGAGUCCAGACAGAAGGAGGUGGGUGAGAACUUGGCACAAGUUUGUUAAAGGAAACCGGUAGUGGGGAGUUGACCCAGACCAAGUUCUGCUGAUGUCUGUCAGACUUUUCAGUAAAGUGAUUAAUUGUAUUCACUCACCUGGAAAUUUAAUUUUUAUUGGGAAACCUCAUCAUUUUCAAAACUUAUGUUCAUUUUGCUGUUAUAGAAAGCCAGUCAGCCAGAAGUAUUAGUGCUGCUUUCAAAGACUUAAGGUCAUAAAAUAGGGAAAUUACCUAGAAUCCUUUUCCCUACAUAUUGUCAUACAGUGUCACUGAGAUGAAAUAUGGCAGCUGUUUAUCUACACCAUAUCUGUCUACAAGAAAGAAAGUGAAAAACAGUAUUUACUCGAAAUUUUAGCUUUGUAACCGCAGGAAUUCCAGUGCAGCCAGACAACAAGAUUAACCUUAUUUUAUUUUGUUUUUUAAACUCCCCUUAAUAAGUCAGUAGGAUUUUCAGUACCACCAAACCAUUUUGGAUUUUUGUUCCUUCCCCCUUAACACACCAGGCUUAUUCAAAGAGUGCUUUCUUUUUAAUAUUACAUGGGGGUCACUGAGUACAAUUUUCCAACUGCUAUCUUUAUUUCAGCUGCAUACCAUAAAGAAUGGUCCACCACAAAGACCCUCUGGAGUUAGGAAGACUACUACAGUUAGGAUGGUCGUUAACUUCUCACUGUGGUCUUUAUUUCUUGUGGUGAAAUGAUGUGCCUUUCCUUGCCUAAUCCCUUCCUGGUGUGAAUCAACAUUAUUUAAUGUCUUCUGAUUCAGUCAUUUUUUUGAUAAAUGUCUAUAAACAUUGAGCUUUUUUAAAAUUUAUUUAUUUAUUUCAUUACUGUAGCACUUGACAGAGUUUUUAAAAUGUAAUUUAGUAAUUUCUUACAAUACACUAAAUCUUUUAUAAAAAUAAAAUAAAAAAUGAGAAGAGACUCAGUUGAUUUAAAUUUCAAUACCUUAGCAUAAAAAAGUACAAGAAUCUGAAUGAGUAUCUCUGUGGUUCUCUGUGGAAAUGCACUGUCGCUUUAUAGGUGUAUCUUUAUGUCUAGAGUUUGGGUAUCGAUUUUAUCUUCCCGGAAAUGUGGUAACCUCUUGCACCCAUUAGAAAAUAAGAGACUCUUUAUCGCUUAUGUUUCAGAGUUUUAAAUUAUGUUUUCAAAGUAGUUUUGUGAUCUCUCUCAUACUUAAUGUGGCUAUUUUCUCAUAAAUUCACUUCAUGGCUGUGGAUAUUUGUGUUCUAUAUUAAAGAAAUAAUAAGUGA